GAGUAUUUAAAGCUGGACCUUGGGUUGGGGUGAUUGCAGUUCCCUUUCUCCUGGAACUCCCCAUCCCAUCAUUUCGACUCUGGUGAUUCUAGGAAGUGAUGCAGCAUGGUCUCUUCUGGCAGGCUGUUUGGGGGAGCCUUCCUACUAGUGGCAAUGCUCUCUCUGGCUCAAGCAGGGCAAUAUUUCCACCUGCUCCGCCAGCGGAUCCUAGAGCAGCGCGAGGAACGCCUGUUGGAAGAGGACCAUUUUCUCCACUUGGACCAGGGAGUGAGUCUCACCAAAUGGGACCACUUCAUGGAGAACUUCAUCCGCCAACAUCUGGACCACUACAACAAGAAAAACCAAGCCACAUUCAACCAGCGAUACUGGGUUAAUGCUGGGUUCUGGAGACACGGCGGCCCCGUCUUCCUCUUCAUCGGGGGCGAGGGCCGCUUAUCUGAAUACGCGGUGCUAAAGGGUCAUCACGUGACCCUGGCAGAGAAAUAUGGUGCUCUUUUAUUGGCUUUAGAGCAUCGUUUCUAUGGUGGUAGCCUCAAACCUGAGAUGCUGGAGGACGACAACCUGCAAUACCUGAGCAGCCAGCAAGCUUUGUCCGACCUUGUUUCCUUCCACCAGUUUAUCACCAAAAAAUACAAGCUGACGCCAAAUAACACCUGGAUUUGCUUUGGAGGGUCCUAUCCGGGCUCCUUAGCAGCUUGGUUCCGUCUCAAGUUUCCGCAUUUAGUCUUUGGUGCUGUCGCAUCUUCCGCCCCUGUCCGAGCCCAGCUGGAUUUCAAAGGUUACCAUAAGGUUGUUGCAGCAAGUCUUUCAAACCCAGUGAUCAGUGGCUCCAAACAGUGUCUUGAUGCGGUAACCGAGGCCUUCUCUGCAGUGGAGGAGCUGGUGCGUUCUGGGCAGUUGGACAAGCUGGACCAAGACUUCCGUUCCUGUUUGCCUCUCGAAGGCCUCAAAGACAGCCUCUGGCUGAUCAAGAACCUGGUCUCCAUGUUCAUGGCCAUUGUCCAGUACAACGGCGAACGCGUGGAGUGGGCCAAUGUGGGCAGGAUCUGCGAGAUCAUGACCAACCACAGUGCUGGAUCCACCUACCAGAGACUUGUGGCAACCAAUAAUAUUGUUCUGAGUGCCAUGAGACUCAAAUGCUUGGACAACUCAUAUGCAGCAUUCAUAGAGAAAAUGACUAACCCCAAGUUCUUUUCGAUGAACAUGGUGGUGCGGCAGUGGAUCUUCCAGACAUGCACAGAGUUUGGAUAUUUCCAGACCUGUGAGGACCCUGCCUGCCCCUUUUCCCGCCUGGUGAACCUGAGGUUUGAGAUGGACGUCUGCAAGCAGGUCUUCAACAUCUCCGACCGCAGUGCCCAGGAAGCUGUGUCUUUCACCAACGAAUACUACGGGGCCAACCAUCCCAAAGCCAGCCGUGUCCUUUUCGUGAAUGGUGACAUCGAUCCUUGGCAUGUGUUGAGUGUCCUCAAGGACCUGUCCCCCUCCGAGUUGGCCAUUGUGAUCACUGGCACUUCCCACUGUGCCAAUAUGGAGUCGCCUUUGCCCACAGACCCAUUGCCUCUCGUUGAAGCCAGAAAGAAAAUCACCGCUCAGGUUGGUGAAUGGCUGGUAUUGGCAAGAAAGACACAACAAAAUAACUAAGCAACCAGAUGGAGGGACAAAAGCUUCUAUUUGGUGGAGGUGAUCAUUGGAGAAAACCUCUCAAGACUCAAUCUCAAUUGUCAGGAAAACCUGUUUGGCUCUAAAGAUGACAGAGAUUCUACCUUUUUUAACACUUCAGGACUUCUUUGCAUCAUCUUCUAUUACUGUGAAAUGUACUUUUACUUUUUUUUCACACUUGGAAAUGUAUUUGUAGCCUUGGAACUGACUCUUUUACUCUUGCUGUGUUUUUGAUUAAAAAACAACUUUUCUAACAUUUGCAAAUAAAAAUUUUAUAGAAUUGA